AGCGGUUGCAAAUUCAAAUACGGUUGUAAAGAUUUUUUAGGCUAUAUUUUCCCUCAGACGUGGUAGCUAACAACAACGACAGAGAACCAUUUAUAGAGCUUCGUGUGGUGAAACGAAGGAUUUUCCCAAGUGGAUUGCACCUGAAGAUCACAGGUCUAUCGGAGAAUGGCACUGAACCAGGAUGAAAUAAUAGAAGGAAUGGAGAUUAAAAUGGAAGUGGAAGAAGAGGCAACCAAUUCUGAAGUGCAGGUAGAUGUUGCUGGCAGUGAAGAGGAGUCAGAUAAAGCCUUGUCCAAUAGUAACCCCCCAACACCUAAAAGGGGAAGGGGUAGGCCGCCCAAAAAGGGAUCAGUCUCCAAGUCAGAUAAAUCCUUGUCUAAUGGUAACCCCGUAACACCUAAAAGGGGAAGGGGUAGGCCGCCCAAAAAGGGAUCAGUCUCCAAGUCAGAUAAAUCCUUGUCUAAUGGUAACCCCGUAACACCUAAAAGGGGAAGGGGUAGGCCGCCCAAAAUUGGAUCUGUCUCCAAGUCAGAUAAUGCUUUGUCUAAUUGUAACCCCGUAACACCUAAGAGAGGUAGGCCUAAAGGAUCAGUGUUUAUGAAAACCAAGAUGCUGAAGGUGAUCGGCCUCGCAGCGGCUUGCCUACCCCGAAAACCAGUUGACCCCUCCCCAAAGAAGCGUGGCCGGCCCAGUAAAGUUGAAUCGAUAAGGAAGAUACUAACACCAGAUGAGGAAGAAGAGCUAAAGAAACUGGAAAGCCAACUAAGGCCACUCGGAAGGCCGCGUAUCUAUCCACGCAAGGAUUCUCCAGUCACUGAACCCAGGGGAAGAGGUCGCCCACGCAAGACUGAGGCUGCCACCAAGUCCCCCAUCUAUGAUGGUCCCCCACGGAAAAGGGGCCGUCCCCCUGGUGCAGCAAACAAAGUUAAGAGGAAGGCAGAGCAGGAUAAGGCCAACAGUGAACCUCCAGUCAAACGCUCCUUCCACGCCAAAGAAAAAAGCAAGGAAGCAGGAUUUCCACCAGUGGAAGAAAGUGAUCAGGAAGAUGAAACCGGGUGGGUGGAUCAAGAAAGUGAAAAGUGGAAGGUGGAAUAUAGAGAAGACCCCAAGAAGCCAGUUACCCCCAGUGACCCCACUAGCUUUCUCUGGGCUAGCCACAUAACACCUAAGAGAGGUAGGCCUAAAGGAUCGGUCUCCAAGUUACUGGCUAGCCACAUAACACCUAGCCCUAAAGGAUCGGUUUCCAAGUUACUGGGUAGCCCCAUAACACCUAAGAGAGGUAGGCCUAAAGGAUCGGUCUCCAAGUUACUGGCUAGCCACAUAACACCUAGCCCUAAAGGAUCGGUCUCCAAGUUAGUGGGUAGCCCCAUAACACCUAAGAGAGGUAGGCCUAAAGGAUCGGUCUCCAAGUUACUGGGUAGCCCUAUAACACCUAAGAGAGGUAGGCCUAAAGGAUCGGUCUCCAAGUUACUGGCUAGCCCCAUAACACCUAAGAGAGGUAGGCCUAAAGGAUCGGUCUCCAAGUUACUGGGUAGCCCCAUAACACCAAACAGAGGUAGGCCUAAAGGAUCGGUCUCCAAGUUACUGGGUAGCCCCAUAACACCAAACAGAGGUAGGCCUAAAGGAUCGGUCUCCAAGUUACUGGGUAGCCCCAUAACACCCAACAGAGGUAGGCCUAAAGGAUCGGUCUCCAAGUUACUGGGUAGCCCCAUAACACCAAACAGAGGUAGGCCUAAAGGAUCGGUCUCCAAGUUACUGGGUAGCCCCAUAACACCAAACAGAGGUAGGCCUAAAGGAUCGGUCUCCAAGUUACUGGGUAGCCCCAUAACACCUAAUAGAGGUAGGCCUAAAGGAUCGGUCUCCAAGUUACUGGCUAGCCCCAUAACACCAAACAGAGGUAGGCCUAAAGGAUCGGUCUCCAAGUUAGGGGAUAGCCCCAUAACAGCUAACAGAGGUAGGCCUAAAGGAUCGGUCUCCAAGUUAGGGGAUAGCCCCAUAACAGCUAACAGAGGUAGGCCUAAAGGAUCGGUCUCCAAGUUAGGGGAUAGCCCCAUAACAGCUAACAGAGGUAGGCCUAAAGGAUCGGUCUCCAAGUUAGGGGAUAGCCCCACAACACCUAAGAGAGGUCGGCCGAAAGGAUCCGUGUUUACGCAACUCAAGAUGCUGAAGGAGACGGGCAAGCAGCUGCGAGGCCGACCUCGAGAAGUGGUUGACCUCUCCCUUGAUAAGCAUGGCCGGCCCAGUAUAGUUCAAUUGAAAAGGGGUAGGCCAAAGAAGAUACUAACACCAGAUGAGGAAGAAGAGCUAAAGAAACUGGAAAGCCAACUAAGGCCACUCGGAAGGCCGCGUAUCUAUCCACGCAAGGACUCUCCAGUCACUGAACCCAGGGGAAGAGGUCGCCCACGCAAGACUGAGGCUGCCACCAAGUCCCCCAUCUAUGAUGGUCCCCCACGGAAAAGGGGCCGUCCCCCUGGUGCAGCAAACAAAGUUAAGAGGAAGGCAGAGCAGGAUAAGGCCAACAGUGAACCUCCAGUCAAACGCUCCUUCCACACCAAAGAAAAAAGCAAGGAAGCAGGAUUUCCACCAGUGGAAGAAAGUGAUCAGGAAGAUGAAACCGGGUGGGUGGAUCAAGAAAGUGAAAAGUGGAAGGUGGAAUAUAGAGAAGACCCCAAGAAGCCAGUUACCCCCAGUGACCCCACUAGCUUUCUCUGGGCUAGCCACAUAACACCUAAGAGAGGUAGGCCUAAAGGAUCGGUCUCCAAGUUACUGGCUAGCCACAUAACACCUAGCCCUAAAGGAUCGGUCUCCAAGUUACUGGCUAGCCCCAUAACACCUAACAGAGGUAGGCCUAAAGGAUCGGUCUCCAAGUUACUGGCUAACCCCAUAACACCUAACAGAGGUAGGCCGAAAGGAUCCGUUUCCAAGUUAGGCGUUAGCCACAUAACACCUAAGGGAGGUUGGCCUAAAGGAUCAGUGUUUACACAACCCAAGAUGCUGAAGGUGAUGAGGAAGCCACUGCGUGGCCGGCCCAGUAAAGUUGAAUCGAUAAGGAAAAUCCUAACACCCAAGGAGGAAGAGGAUAGAAAGAAACUGGAAAGCCAACCAAGGCGGCCACUCGGAAGGCCACGUAUCUAUACACGCGAUGAUCCUCCAGUCACUGAACCUAGGGGAAGAGGUCGCCCACGCAAGACGGAGGAUGCCACCAAGCCCCUCAUUUAUGAUGGUCCCCCACGGAAAAGGGGCCGUCCCCCUGGUGCAGCAAACAAAGUUAAGAGGAAGGCAGAGCAGGAUAAGGCCAACAGUGAACCUCCAGUCAAACGCUCCUUCCACUCCAAAGAAAAAACAGAGGAAGCAGGAUUUCCACCAGUAGAAGAAAGUGAUCAGGAAGAUGAAACGGGGAGGGUGGAUGAAGAAAAUGAAACAGGGAAGAAUAUAGAGAAGUCACCAAGAAGCCAGUUACCCCCAGUGACUGUAAUAGCUUUAUCGGUGCCAUAAGCAGGAUGAUGUUUGGCGACAGCCCAGCCAGCGACGGUACCCCUUUAUCUAGUUUGUAAAGAUGCGUGUGCCAAUAUAGCCUAAUUUUUUAUAGAAAACUACAUGAUCAGAUGAGGGUGGCCUAUUAGGGUGAUCACUGUCAUGAACAUACACAGAAAAAAGA